AUGUUCAUUUUAAGCGUAGAUCCACGAUGUCGUGUAGAUCCUAGCUAUUUUUUCUCCCGCGCCGCGUUUCUGACGACGUUGUGGGUUCUCUUCCUGGGCCUGUACGUCAUCGACUACAAGUGGGAGGUGCUUCCCUUCAUCGGUGAGCAGCCUGGCGCACGAGAAUCUGGUCAUUACGUCAUCUACCCCGUGACCCUCCUGGUCUUGACCGCCAUGGUCUUCCUCUGGCCUUCGCAAAUCUGCCGCAACAGAUAUAAGGCGUCGGUGGUCAGCUCGGUCUGUCGGUGCAUAUUGGCGCCGUUGUACACGGUGGAUUUUUGCGACAAUAUUGUGGGUGACGUGCUGACGAGCCUGGCCAAGCCGCUGCAGGAUCUUCCCGCGGCGGUGUGCUACCUGACUUCUGCACACCCGCAGACAGAUGAGGCCGUCGAGCGCUUCAUCCUGAAGGGGGACACUUGCCCCGACUUCUCCCACAACUUGAUCCUCCCGCUGAUCGCUGGCCUCCCCUACCUCUUCCGCGCCAUGCAGUGUGUGCGCAGGUGGGUCGACACGCGGGAGAUGCGCCACUUGUACAACCUCGGGAAGUAUUGCGCGAGCCUGCUGGUGGUCGUCGUGACGUACGCUGGGCUACAGACUGGCACCGUGGUCGCCACGUCCCUCUUCGCAACGGUCUACGCGGGGGCUUGGGACCUCAUGUUCGAUUGGGGCUUGAGCAGGGACGAGUUGGUCAGCUCGGCUGGCGCGGAGGUUGAGAAACGUCUGUCCAACAGGAAAUCCACGCGCGGGCCGGAGGUGGUGGCGACGGCAACGGCCCACGCCAUCAAGCCGGAGCGGGUCGAGAAGCCCGCGCGCCACUUCCCCAGGCGCGUCUAUUGGGCCUGCGGCUUGGUAGACAUCCUCGCGCGUUUCAGCUGGGUUAUCACUCUGAUGCCCAUCAAGAUCAUCACCCAUAAUAUCACUUAUAGGGUGCUACUGGUGAUGGCCAUCUCCUCGGUCGAGAUCGUGCGGCGCAGCGUGUGGGCCAUCUUGCGAACGGAGUACGAGCAGAUCGCCAACGGCGGCGGGUUCCGGGCCCUGCUGUGGGUUCCCUCCAAGCUGAACCAGGGCGACAAGCAUCGCGCCCCCCGGAGGUCCACGAGGGCGCUGGCCAAGACGCCCCUGCUGGAGGGCGGGAGCUGA